AUGAUAUUAACCAAAAUAUUUCAAUUACAAAUUCUAAACUAUAUUCUAGUUAUUAUAAAUUCUCAACAAUAUUUAUCUCAAAAAUCAUCAAAAUGUGCUGAAAAUGCGAAAAUUGAUCAUUUUUUGAUGUUAUCCGAGCUGGCGGAAAAAGAGGAAAAAGUGAUUUGUGUGGAAUUUUAUGAAUCUGAUUUGGAAAGAGUUUGGAAGGAUGUGCAGGGAAGAAUAAUGGGGAAAUUGAGAAUCGAGAAUCAGGUGAAAUUGGAAAAGCCGAUUGAGGAGAACAGUGCCAUUUAUAUUGCUUUUAGAAUGUGAGUUUGGGUAGAAAUCGGGGUACUGUAUGCACCUUUAAAAUGCACAGUAAUCUAUAAGUUUUAAAGGAACAUACACUGAUACUGUAGAGAAUUUUCAGAGAAUCUACAGUACCAGAGGUCUAUAGUAGUUUAAAGGGACAUACACUCGCUUCGCUCGGGCCGCGUUCGCGGAACUUUGAUCUACACUCGCGCCACAGGCGCUCGGGGUACUGUAUGCACCUUUGAAGUUGAUCUACAGUAUCUUGCUAGAUUAAUAUGUGCCAUCAAUAUUCCUGAAUUACUGUAUGCACCUUUAAAAAAAGCACAGUAAUCUAUAAAUUUUAAAGGAACAUACACUCACUUCGCUCGGCGGAAUUUUGAUCUACACUCGCGCCAGAGGCGCUCGAGAUACUGUAGAGAAUUUUCAGAGAAUCUACAGUACCAGAGGGCCUACAGUAGUUUAAAGGGACAUACACUCGCUUCGCUCGGGCCGCGUUCGCGGAAUAUUGAUCUACACUCGCGCCACAGGCGCUCGGGAUACUGUAUGCACCUUUGAAGUUGAUCUACAGCUAGAUUAAUAUGAGCAAUCAAUAAAUUCCUGAAUAACUGUAUGCACCUUUAAAAUUCAUUGAUUACUGUGCACUUUAAAGGGACAUACAGUAAUUGAGGAAUAUUGAUUUCUCAAAUUAAUUUAGGAAAUUACUGUAAAUGAAGCUUAAAGGAACAUACAGUACCCCGAGCGCCUGUGGCGCGAGUGUAGGCCCGAGCUAAGCGAGUGUAUUAUGUCCUUUAAACUACUGUAGACCCUCUGGUACUGUAGAGUCUAUAAAAAUUCUCUACAGUAUCCCGAGCGCCUCUGGCGCGAGUGUAGAUCAAAUUUCCGCGAACGCGGGUCGAGCGAAGCGAGUGUAUGUCCCUUUAAACUAUGAUAGGCCCUCUGGUACUGUAGAUUCUCUGACAAUUUUCUACAGUAUCCCGAACUACAAAAAUAGCUCCAAAAUUCUCGAUUUUUCCAGAAAAGACCCCUCCAAAACAUCAACAAUCAUCAUCGGAAUUCCCAACACCUUCGACCGCUACUUAGCCAAACUCGAAAUCUUCGCCGACUUCAAAAUCAAGCUCUCAACUCACAUCGAUAUGAUUGUUCAACCGGUUUCAAGUCAAAUCGAUGCUUCCAACAAUUUUCUUCAAUUUCAGCUGAGAUUUGUUGAUGGACGAGUUAAGCUAACUCAUAUUCAUAAUGAAAAAGAGCCAGAGUUGAUUGCUGAAAUAUCCGUGUCUUUGAAGUCCAAAUUUCAGUCAGAUGUUGUGAUUUUUGAGAAUUUGCUGGUUUUUGAUAUGGUUUAUCAUGAGUAAGUUGGAUUGGGAGGGUCGUGGCCUAGAAUUUUUAACAGUUCGGCCAUCGACAUCUGCGCUCUAGUGUAGAAAAAUCCAGAAUUGUUAAAGGGACAUACACUCGCUUCGCUCGGAGGAAUUUUGAUAUACACUCGCGCCACAGGCGUUCGGGAUACUGUAGAGAAUUUUCAGAGAAUCUACAGUACCAGAGGGCCUACAGUGGUUUAAAGGGACAUAAUACACUCGCUUCGCUCGAACCGCAUUCGCGGAAUUUUGAUCUACACUCGCGCCACAGGCGCUCGGGAUACUGUAGAGAAUUUUCAGAGAAUCUACAGUACCAGAGGGCCUACAGUAGUUUAAAGGGACAUACACUCGCUUCGCUAGGGCCGCGUUCGCGGAAUUUUGAUCUACACUCGCGCCACAGGCGCUCGGGGUACUGUAUGCUCCUUUAAAGUUGAUCUACAGUAUCUUUCUAGAUUAAUAUGAGCAAUCAAUAUUUCUGAAUAACUGAAUGUUCCUUUAAAAUUCAUAGAUUACUGUGCACUUUGAAGGGACAUACAGUAAUUCGGGAAUAUUAAUUUCUCAAAUUAAUCUAGCAAGUUACUGUAAAUGGCGCUUAAAGUAACAUACAGUACCCCGAGCGCCUGUGGCGCGAGUGUAGAUCAAAAUUCCGCGAACGCGGCCCGAGCGAAGCCAUUUUAAUCUGAGCAAUCAAUAUUCCCUCAAGUUUUACCAAAUUACUGUAUGCACCUUUAAAAUCUAAUAAUACAGUAAUCCUUCAGAAACUGCGCGCUCAAAAAAACGUUUCAAAUCAACAAAUCAAUCAAACGAGAAACUCCAAAAGCUGCACGGGAUUUUGAAAGAUCAAUAAUUGAAAAUUUUUCGCCAUGGAUCGGACAAACAUCAGUCAAACAUCUGAAUUUGACUAAGAAAAAUGCUUGGGUUGAAAAUUUUAUGUUUCAUGUUUUUGGACAUCUCGAUCUAGAAGAUCUAGAUUUCGAACUUCAAUAUAAAUCUGGCGACCAGAUAGCUUUGAGCUAUGAACUCAAGAAUAAUAGUCUAGUUGUAGGAAAGCUCAGCAAAUAUUGGCACGAAUGGAGUAGCUCACCUAUAACAAUUAAUUCACAGACACUUCUGAACUCUUAUAAAAACGAGGAUCCGAUAAAAAUUUGGAAAUUCACCGGAGGUCUCACUCUCAACUUUUUUCCCAAACCCGAAGACGAAUAUGUGCAAGCUUCACAACUUGAGAUAACUCAGAAUCAGCUGGUUUUGAAACAUGAAAAUUGGGAACCUUGCAGUGGUGUUGAAAGUUGUUGGUAUUAUACAGAUCAAAUUGAGAUAACUUCCGAGAAUUCGUCAAUUUCUGGAUUCAGAUUCAUGAAUGGUACAGAUUAUUUGGUGCAAUUUUGCUUUCUCAUGGCUCCCGAAUCGAUUUAUCAAGAAACCCUUCCAUUUAUAAAAAACUGCGCGGCUAUUGAAAAUUCGUGGAAUUUCUGCUCUUCUUCACCGGAUGUUAGCGCAACUCAAAUAUCCAAAAAUCUCACUAAAUCAGCUGAAAAUAUUCGGGCUAAUUCAGCACUUCCCAGAAGUACCACACAGACGCCAAAAAGAGUUGUUCUUUCGAAAAAAGAGCACACAAUUUCGGAGAUUAUUGGAGCCAGUAAGUUUGCUCUACUGAUAACUCUAAAUCAAUAUAAUUUCCCUACAGAUCCUGGAAUUAUUGGUGUUAUGGGUCUAUUUUUCAUGGGCGGUGCGAUUUUAUUGAUUGGAAAUGGAGUGAUUGUGAUUUUGUUUGAUUGGUUGAAUAAAUGGAACUGA